AUGUCCAGUAACAACCAGAGCGUGGCCGCUGCGCUUGACGCACAGAGCGGCACGGGCCAGAAGACAGCGGGCAUGUCAAUUACCACGUUCCUGGCAUCCCUAGCUACCGCUGUCAUCAUUUUUGCAGUCGAAUUUCUCCUGUUCAUCCUUCUCAAGGGAAAACUGACCAGGAUAUACCAACCCCGAACAUAUCUAGUCCCAGAACGAGAACGCACAAAUCCUUCCCCAGCUGGUCUUUUUAGGUGGGUUGCACCAGUAUUCAGGACUUCCAACUCAGAAUUCAUUCAGAAGUGUGGACUCGAUGCCUACUUCUUCCUACGAUACCUACGAAUGCUUCUUAAGAUUUUUCUCCCUCUUUCUUUCAUCAUCCUCCCCGUACUUAUUCCUUUGAACAAAGUUGGAGGAAAGGACACCAAACACGUUGCGUCUAGGAACGGCACUCGGUACAAUGUGACUGGCUUGGAUCAGCUGGCCUGGGGGAAUAUCGCGCCAGAACAUACAAAUCGAUAUUGGGCCCAUCUGGUUCUGGCAGUCAUUGUCGUUGUCUACGUGUGUGCUGUUUUCUUUGACGAGCUUCGUAGCUAUAUCAGGCUACGGCAAACAUAUCUGACGUCUCCCCAACAUCGAUUGCGGGCGUCAGCUACCACGGUCCUGGUGACUGCCAUUCCUUCAAAAUGGCUAUCAGUGGAUGCUCUUGAUCGCCUGUAUGAUGUGUUCCCUGGAGGCGUCCGCAAUAUUUGGAUAAACCGCAAUUUGGACGAGCUGAGUGAGAAAGUGAAGCUACGUAAUAAGAUUGCUCUAGUUCUUGAAUCUGCGGAGACGGAACUAAUAAAGAAAUGCAAGAAGGCGCAGCUGAAACAAGCAAAAGCCCAGGCCAGAAAAUCAGGCAAGAAACCAGCUGAAGUGGAUCAUGAAAAAUUGGCUGCGGAACAAAGAGCCUCUCGUCUCGCUGAAGAACCUGGUAUCAGCUCGGGGAACCCCCACGAAGCUCGAACCAUCCAGGAAGUAUUACACGGCCGUCGCGAAGAAAGGACAUUCACGCAGCAGGUACAUGGUAAUCGUGGUUUCAUUCCACUUGUGGGUAAUGGGGCGGGGGUUGUAGGAUCUGGAGUUGCAAAGCUCGGGAAAACGGUUUGGGGCGGUUUCCGGAAGGUUGGCAACACUGCUGAUGACACAUUACAUACCACUGGUGGGUUUGACGGCCAGAUGGAAAAUGAUGCCGUAAACAUGCAUCAGGGUCAACCAGGUGCAGCUAAUGGCGCUGGUACCGAACUCGGAUCUGAGAAGCCUGUGAAUGGUCUGAGGAGAGCUGGAACCACUGCAGUAAAGCCAACAGAUAGUGCCCAGCAUCAAACGGGAGCCCAUGUCGAUGAUUCUCCUGAGGCUGAUGGGGCUCAUCCGUCCUUGGGAGAAUCGUAUGUAGAAGGACCCCCUAAUAUGGAUGGGUUUGUUGAUCAACAACCACACCCCGCACGAUUGAAGCUAUGGAAAAACUCGCGAUCACCAAAUGCCCAUCAGGAUCACCACGACGACGAGCACCCCUUGACGAACCCUGCCCCCGUAACACCAUUGGAUGAGAGAAAGAAGAAAAAGGCCUUCCGAUUCAACAGACGUCGCCCUGCUAAGGAAGGCGACGAGAUUGAAGGACAGGCAUACCCGAUGGCCUAUAACGAGGAGUUCGAAGAGGAUGACUAUGGGGACCCGCUUUGGAUGAAGUACAUUAAAGAAAAAGAUCGUGAGACUAUGCGUCUACCGAUUUUUGGUUGGAGCUGGAUGCCCACAAUACCUCUCCUAGGCAAAAAAGUGGAUACGAUCUAUCACUGUCGUCAGGAACUCUCCCGCUUGAAUCUAGAAAUCGAAAUUGAUCAGCAACAUCCGGAAAAAUUCCCGCUUAUGAAUUCUGCCUUUGUUCAAUUUAAUCAUCAGGUGGCUGCUCAUAUGGCCUGUCAAUCUGUCAGCCAUCAUAUACCAAAGCAAAUGGCACCGCGGCUGGUGGAAAUAUCUCCAGACGACGUCAUCUGGGAGAAUAUGUCUAUCAAAUGGUGGGAGCGAUACUUGAGGACUUUUGGGGUGCUCGUCAUUGUCUCUGCCAUGGUCGUUGGCUGGGCUUUCCCCGUGGCCUUUACAGGUUUGCUGUCUCAGCUCACCUAUCUUGAAGGGCAAUUUUCCUGGCUGCGAUGGCUCUCUAAAUUGCCUACCUGGUUAAUUUCGGCAAUCCAGGGCAUCUUGCCGCCAUUGUUUCUGGCUAUCCUCAUGGCCAUUUUGCCUCUCCUCCUGCGAUUUCUCUCCAAGAACCAAGGCGUGCACACGGGAAUGGCUGUCGAGUUGACUGUGCAGAAUUACUAUUUUGCCUUUCUGUUCGUUCAGAUAUUCCUCGUCGUCUCGAUUUCGUCUGGCUUUACCACCAUAUUCAAUUCCAUCACGGAUGUGACAAGUAUUCCUGAGCUUCUGGCUCAAAAUAUUCCUCGAGCUAGCAACUAUUUCUUCUCCUACAUGGUGCUUCAAGCCAUGUCUGUCAGUGCUGGUGCGCUGGUUCAGAUCUUUGGUCUUGUCAGCUGGUUUGUUUUGGCUCCUAUUCUAGACAACACUGCCAGACUGAAGUGGGCGCGGACCACGAAUCUCAAUCAGAUGCAAUGGGGUACUUUCUUCCCUGUAUAUACGACCCUAGCAUCAAUCGGCUUGAUCUAUUGUGUCAUUUCCCCACUCAUCAUGAUUUUCAAUGUGCUUACCUUUGGGCUAUUUUGGUUCGUUUAUCGGUACAAUACUCUUUACGUUACGAAAUUCCGCUUCGACACGGGAGGUCUGCUUUUCCCUAAAGCUAUCAAUCAACUUUUCACUGGCAUAUAUGUCAUGGAAAUCUGUCUUAUUGGCAUGUUUUUCCUCGUCAGAGACGUGGACGGAAACUUUGCCUGUGAAGGUCAGGCUAUCUGCAUGAUAGUCGUCUUGAUUCUAACAGUUGGCUUUCAAUACCUCCUCAACGAAGCGUUCAACCCGUUGUUCCGGUAUUUGCCGAUAACACUGGAAGACGAGGCAAGCCGUCGCGAUGAGGUAUUCGCUCGUGCCCAACGGAAGAGACUGGGUCUGGUGGAAGAAGGCGAUGAAGACGAAGACAACGACGACGACGAAGAAGAAAACAACGAUCAAAAUCAUGACAGUGACUAUAACCACUACGAAAGACCAGUGGAGCAUGGGAACAUCAAGCUAGGCCGGAUCGAUGGCAGGAAAGAUAAGAAGGGAGCGAUGACUCGACAACUCGGCAAACUUGUGCCGGGUAGCCACAAACACAAACACAUCUCAUGGGCCGAUCGAUCCAGAAAUCGCCACUCCAAAUACUUUGGCGGACGCUCAGACCCCACCAUCCCGACCAUCAAACACAUGCGCGAAAAGCUAGCAAAGGACGCAGAAUCCCAAGUCACCGCAACCUAUGCGAUAGGCCAGGCGCUUUUUUCCGGCAUCCACGAUGAACUGGAAGAUCUCACGCCAGACGAACGCGACCAGCUCGUCCAGCGGGCGUUCCAGCACGAGGCGCUGCGCAUGAAACGCCCCGUCAUCUGGAUUCCGCGGGAUGAUCUGGGUGUUAGUGAUGAUGAAGUAUUCAGGACGCAGCGGUUUAGCAAGCAUAUUUGGAUUAGUAAUGAAUAUCAGGCGUUGGAUGGGCGGUGUCGGGCGAUUUUUAGUCGGAGUCCGCCUGAUUUUUCGGAGGUGGAUCUAAUUCAGCUUUGA